AUGAAGUGCUUCAACAAAGCUGAGGAAAUGCUUGAAUUUGCAACACAGGGGUACACUUUGUCAGCCGCACUCCAUUUCAUGGGUACCUUAAACCUAAGUGAAACACCAACAGAGUGUCCAGUGCAUGAUAAGGCUUCAUAUGUCAAGUCAAUUGCUGACUUGAUAAUGGACUUGAUAUACCAAAAGCCAAAUACAAAGGAAAUACUGAAUGUAAGUCUUGGACAAGAAGACAGUCAGCAGUCAUUGGUUUGCAUUUGUCACCAAGAUUUAGGUGGAAUGAAGGUAUACUGCUCCAACAACAGAUGUGAGAGAGGACAAUGGUUUCAUUUGGACUGCAUAGGACUGGAUGAAGCUGAUGUGCCAAAGGGGAAAUGGUUCUGUUCAGAACUCUGUGAGGAGAUGGCCAACAUGAAACGUGAUCCCAAAAAGGAAAUGUUGCUAGCAUAA